AUGGCACAUGUGUUGAAAAUGGUAGCGGAAAUCAAAGACUACAAAAUUACGUUGCUCACAAGCAACAAGGCGGCGGCGCUCACGCUAAGGAACCCGCGACGACAGUCUGGCCAGGAGCUGGUUUGUCAGAUGUACAAGUUGAUGAGAAGGUUGCGGAGAAAUGGGAAUCGGAUCAGUUCCCACUGGAUCCCUACUAGCGAAGACAAUAAGCUGUUAGGUCUGGCUAAAGAACGGGCCAGAGCUGCGACACAAGAAGAUUCUCUCCCACAAGAACGCGCCCCGAGGAUGAAGUCGACAACAUUGAAAAUUGCACGGUCCCAAGCAGUCCCCAGCAGUGAGCUACCAGAGAACAUAGGAAGACACGCAAAACGAGUGGAUGCCGCACUGCCAGGCAAACACACCCGGCAGUUGUAUGAUUGCCUAACGUGGAAAGAAGCGACUGUACUGGCCCAACUCCGAACCGGCAUGGCUAGACUCAAUGGGUAUCUCAAUCAAAUUAAUGUAGCAGAGACGGAUCAAUGCGAUUGCGGACAAGCAAGAGAGACCGUGGAGCACUUCCUCUUCCGAUGUCGGAAGUGGACGGCGCACCGGACGGAAAUGCUACAAUGCACGCAGACUAACCGAGGAAACAUAUCCUUCUUCCUGGGCGGAAAACAGGCUUCUGAUGAUCAGAAGUGGACGCCAAACCUAGAGGCAGUACGGGCCUCCAUACGUUUCGCCAUUGCGACGGGCCGACUCGAGGCCACUUGA